AUGGAGUGCAUAACCGACGACCUCGAAGACCUAGUCUCCAACAUCGAUGACCUCGAAAACGCCCUCAAACCACUGUUAGCACAAGCCCUCAGCGCCUCCACCUCAAGACUCCCCCUCCUCGACAAAUCCAAACUCUACAUCCUCACAACCUACGCUCUCGAAUCCAUCCUCUUCUCCUACCUCCGUCUUCACGGCGUCGCUGCAACAUCCCACCCCGUCUACCAAGAACUCAACCGCGUGAAAGAGUACUUCUCCAAGAUAAAAGCUGCCGAAGAGAUCGGAGCGGGAGGCUCAGCGAGGAAGGUGGGACUCGACAAAGGUGCCGCUGGAAGAUUCAUCAAGGCGGGAUUGGCGGGGAAUGAGAAGUAUGAUAAGGCAAGGGAGGAGGUGAGGGAACGGGAACGCGCCGGGGCGAAGAGGAAGUUGGAAGGUAUGGGCGUGGGGACGCAUACGAGGUUCGAUGGUGCUGCGAAGAAGAUUAAAGCGCAGGAAGACGGCGGGGAGGUCAAGGUCGUGAAGGCGGAGGAUGUGGAGGAUAGCAGUGACGUGGGAGAGGAGCUUUAUGGUACAGGGGAGAAGAGUAGUAGUGGGAAGAAGCGUGGACAUGCGAAGACAGUAGAUGCGCUGGCUGCUGCGCAAGAUGGUGGGGAGGAGAGUAGUGCUGGUGGUGAGAAGAAGAAAAAGAAGAGGGGGAAGAAGAAGGGCAAGAAGGGAGGGAAGGAGGCGAGUGAGGUCCCAUGA